AAAUCUGGUCAUCCAUUGAUACCUCUCAAAGCCAAAUUGGAAUCUUGCUUUGCUUGGACCACAAUAAUGCCUAAUCAAAUUGCAUAAUUUAAUUAUCAGUGCCUAGUAACCAACUAAUCAUAUAUAUGUAUAUAUACAUUGCAUAGCCUUGGGGUAUUCAAAAUCAUCAAUUUUCAAUUCAUGGCUUCCCUCAUGAGCACCAUCCUCAAGCAAAGGUCUUGUUCUUCUUCUUCACAUGCUGGGAGGCUGUUGUUCUCCACAACAACAGCAGCCAUUGUUGAUUCCCCUUCACUUGCUCAGAGAAUCAGAGAUUUGCCUAAGGACCUUCCUGGAACCAACAUCAAGAAGCAUGUUUCUCAGCUCAUUGGGAGGACUCCACUGGUUUAUCUUAACAAAGUCACCGAAGGAUGUGGAGCUUAUGUUGCUGUCAAGCAAGAGAUGAUGCAACCUACUGCCAGCAUCAAAGACAGACCAGCAUAUGCAAUGAUCACAGAUGCUGAGGAAAAGAAUCUGAUAACUCCUGGAAAGACAACUUUGAUAGAGCCUACAUCAGGCAAUAUGGGUAUCAGCAUGGCAUUUAUGGCCGCCAUGAAGGGAUAUAAGAUGGUUUUGACCAUGCCCUCUUACACAAGCUUGGAAAGAAGGGUGACCAUGAGAGCAUUUGGAGCUGAAUUAAUCCUCACUGAUCCAGCCAAAGGAAUGGGAGGAACAGUAAAGAAGGCUUAUGAACUUUUGGAAAACACACCAAAUGCUCACAUGCUGCAACAAUUUUCAAACCCUGCCAAUACUCAGGUGCAUUUUGAAACAACAGGUCCUGAGAUAUGGGAGGAUACAAAUGGACAAGUUGACAUAUUUGUUAUGGGAAUAGGUAGUGGAGGCACAGUCUCUGGGGUUGGACAAUAUCUUAAAUCCAAAAAUCCUAAUGUUAAGAUAUAUGGAGUGGAGCCAAGUGAAAGCAAUGUGCUGAAUGGUGGUAAACCUGGUCCUCAUCAUAUAACUGGCAAUGGGGUUGGAUUCAAACCAGACAUAUUGGACCUGGAUGUUAUGGAAAAAGUUCUUGAAGUUAGCAGCGAAGAUGCAGUUAACAUGGCUAGGGUGUUGGCAUUGAAGGAAGGACUCAUGGUAGGGAUAUCAUCUGGAGCUAACACAGUUGCAGCACUCAGAUUGGCUCAGCUGCCUGAGAACAAAGGCAAACUUAUUGUGACUGUUCAUCCAAGCUUCGGUGAACGAUACCUAUCAUCUGUUCUGUUCCAAGAGCUUCGUCAAGAAGCUGAAAACAUGCAGCCAGUAGCAGUUGAUUAAUUCCAUGCAUAAGCUUUGUUGUGGAGUUACAUUACAUGGAGCAACCUAGUUAUUACAAUCCUGUUGUAGCAAAAAUUGUUAACAUCAUCUUACAGUUCGGCCAUAGCAAAAAUUGUCAAACAAAGCUGUGUUAAUUGGGAAAAGGUUUUGAUACAGCUUACAAUAAGAGCUGUGUUAAUGUUUUGUAUUGUUCUUUAGUUUUCAUUUUUAAUCGAAAAAGGUAUAAAGCAAUCGAAGUGUUCUUUAUAAUUCUUGGAAUCAAAUCCUAUUAUGGGUA